CAUUAUGUAGGUCAAAGUCUAAGGUGAAAGGUGGUGAACAGGAAUGGCGGUGAAGCAGGCCAGCGGCGCGGCUGCCGAAAAAAAGAAGCCGAUCGCCGUGAUUUCGCCCCAGAAGAAGGAAAAGCCAGUGAAAAGUGGCAGAUAUGAAAAGGCGAAAGACUCGUCUCGAGCGCAAUCGGUCAACAACGCACGACGACUCUACUAUGCCAUUGCCAUAGCUUUAAACGCUUUUGGCUUUGCAUGUCUGCACAUGUACCACGUAUCAACGAUGUUUGAAAACGACAGGCAUUUUUCACAUCUGUCCAAUUUGGAGAGAGAAAUGACUUUUAGAACUGAAAUGGGUCUCUAUUACUUUUACUACAAAACGAUCAUCGAAGCCCCAACCUUUAGUGAUGGUUUAGUGCUGGUUUUGAACGACAACGUCACCGAGUAUCCCUCUGUUAUAAACACCCUCAAGAGGUUCAACCUAUAUCCAGAGAUUGUGAUCGGAGCCGCUUAUCGGCUCUUCGCGGACGUGACGGGCUGGCUGCAAAUUCCCACCAAGCAGUGCUGGCAGGUGGAAAGGGGCGGAGGGUUGUCCCCGGUGCUCAGCUGCGAGGGCAUUGGCGACCCCAUGUACUUCUACUUGCAGGCCGUGUGGGUGUGCGCCGGCCUCACUGCUGCUCUCAUUGUCAUCUUCGGCACGUACCUUAGCAAAACCUUUGCUGGAGGACUCAUUUCAGUCUUGUGCUUCUUCUUCAACCACGGCGAGAGCACAAGGGUGCAAUGGACCCCUCCUCUGCGGGAGAGCUUCGCGUAUCCGUUUUUGCUCGCGCAAAUGCUCAGUCUCUGCUUCCUCCUUAGAGAUGCCAGGAUGUGCUGGAAAGAGGGUCUACUGCUCGCCACCACAACAGUUUGCAGCCUGGUCACCUGGCAGUUCUCCCAAUUCGUCCUGGCAACUCAGAUCGUGGCAGUUUUGAUCUUGUUUGCUGCUGGCAUCGUCAAGAAACACAUCCUGCUGCUGAUUCUCCUGCUCGUCGCUGCGGCCGUUCAUCACAGUUUGCUGCUGCUGGUCGGCAACGAGCUGCUGGCCUCGUCCUUCCUGGUCAGCCUGCUGGCUGCCUCGCUGCUGGCCAUCCUUCUCCUGGAGCCUACCAUCAGGUGUCUGCCGCUGCUCCUCAGGGGCGCGCUCACCCUGAUCGUCUGCUCGUUGACCGCGCUGUUCCUCAGGUCUCGCCUCACCGCUUUCCUAAACUCCAACGAUGACGCGCACAUUCUGAAUUUGCUGAGGGCUAAACUGGGAAACUACAAGGACUUCCACACCCUUUUGUACACCUGCUCGCCCGAGUUUGACUUUCUCCCCAUUAAUUAUUUAAAGAAAAUCGGCGAAACGCUGCUGCUGCCGACAGUCACUGUCGUUUUGCUUGCUGUUGCGGUCCAGUGCAUGUCUGCAAUCAUCAACUACUGCUCUCAGGAAAGUCUAACGGAUAGUGAACAGAAAUCUAAGGAAUCGGAAGCAACGAAAUGUUCUACAGACAUAUCAAAAUUCGUUGAUGCAGAGGUUCUGUAUUUCAUCCUUCAAACUGCAUUUUUCGCGCUGAUGGCCGCCAUGAUAAUGCGACUCAAGCUCUUUCUAACGCCAAAUCUGUGCAUCCUGGCCUCCCUCCUAGCCUCUCGCAAGUUUUUCAGCGUGAUUAAGUCACGGGCGGUGCACUGGGCCAUGAUUGCCGUGGUGCUCAGUGGGAUGUGCGUGCGGGGAAUGCAGAACAUGAGCCACCAGCGCAGCAUCAUGGGAGAAUACAGCAACCUGGCCCUGGAGCAGCUCCUCGACUGGGUCGAAACUGAGACUCCGAGGGAUGCUGUUUUUGCCGGGCCGAUGCCUCUCAUGGCCAAUCUGCUGCUCUCUACCAGAAGGCCCAUUGUUAACCACCCUCACUACGAAGAUGCUGGACUCAGGGAAAGAACAAAGAACGUGUACACGAUCUUCAGCCGAAGGAGUCCUCAGGAGGUGUACAAAAUUUUGUCGCAGAUGCGCGUUCAAUUUGUCGUGCUGGAAGAGAGCUGGUGCUUUAGAGAGAGCAAGAAGGGCUGUGGAAUGGUGGAUUUGUGGGACGUUGAGGAGCCGGAAAACCGGCACCAGCCGCCGCUGUGCCCGCGCCUCUUCCUGCAGAGCGCGGCGCCGUUCGAGAAGGUCUACCUGAAUAGUGAGUACGUGGUGCUUUGGCUCCACUCUCAGUACGUCGAGCUGUCUCCGAUGAAGGAGUACAAGCUCUGAGGUAAAGCAAGCAUUUGAUCCUGAAAAGCCAUUAUGCAUUUCCUUACUACUUAUUUCGAUGUCUAGUCUGUGAGUUGGCGAUUUUGGCCAAGUAACCGAAACUGAAAUGAAAGAGCACUGAACUCGCAUGCUUUUGAAAAAUGCUGUUCCUUUUGAUAAUAUAUUUAUGUAUUUAUUUGGAUUUUGAAUAAAACGGUCGACUUUACAAGCA